UCCCCACCGCCCCCUUUUGCUUUGCCUAUGCGAGCUGGGAAAUCUUAACAGGGGUCGCUCAUGGGAUUGGGUGUUGAGGGGGCGAUAUAGGAGAACACUGCGACUCGGGGCGACGACUGUGGUGGCUUUGCGGGCUUGGUUGUCGUUUUUUGUCGGUGUUCUUCACGAGGUUUUGUUCGUUGCGGUUGGGGCCCAUGGCUCUCGCUGCGGUGCUGAGGGCGCCCCUGAGCCGCCUGGUGGCGGGGCGCGCCGUGCUGCUGGGCCCGGCGAGGCCGAGGUCGCUCUGCAGCGCCGUGCCCGUGGACGACGUCGUCAACGGGCUGAGCGAGGAGCAGAUACAGCUGAGACAAACUAUGUACAAGUUCUGUCAGGAACACCUGGUGCCCAUAGCACAAGAGAUUGACCGAACAAAUGAGUUUAAGCAGAUUCGGGAAUUUUGGAAGAAGCUUGGGAAUCUGGGAGUGUUAGGCAUCACAGCACCAGUGGAGGAUGGAGGCACAGGCGGUGGGUACCUGGACCACGUAAUCUGCAUGGAGGAGAUCUCCAGAGCCUCAGCCGCUGUCGGGCUCAGCUACGGGGCGCACUCCAAUCUGUGCAUCAACCAGCUCGUGCGCAAUGGCAAUGUGCAGCAGAAGAAAAAGUACCUUCCCAAGCUGAUCAGCGGGGAGCAUAUCGGCGCGCUGGCAAUGAGCGAGCCCAACGCAGGUUCGGACGUGGUAGCCAUGAAGCUGCGCGCAGACAAGAAAGGUGACAGCUACGUGCUCAACGGAAGCAAGUUCUGGAUCACCAACGGGCCGGAUGCCGAUGUGCUCAUCGUGUACGCCAAGACGGACCUGAAUGUGAAACCAGAAUCACACGGUAUCACGGCAUUCAUCGUCGAGAAGGACACGCCAGGGUUCAGCACAGCACAAAAACUGGACAAGAUGGGCAUGAGGGGUUCCAGCACCUCGGAGCUCAUCUUUGAGGACUGCAAGGUGCCAGAAAAGAAUGUGCUGGGCAGCCUGAACAAGGGUGUGUAUGUGCUGAUGAGCGGACUGGACUUUGAGAGACUCGUUCUUGCAGCAGGGCCACUGGGCAUAAUGCAAGCAGUGAUGGACAAUGCCAUCCCAUACAUGCAUAUCAGGGAAGCUUUCAAUCGGAAGAUCGGCACUUUUCAGCUUAUGCAAGGCAAGAUGGCAGACAUGCACACCAGGCUGGCAGCAUGCCGGUCGUACGUGUACAACGUGGCCCGUGCCUGUGACCGAAAGCACUCCAACAGCAUGGACUGUGCAGGAGUGAUUCUCUAUGCUGCUGAAAAUGCUACUCAAGUGGCUCUUGAUGGAAUCCAGUGCCUUGGUGGAAACGGUUACAUCAAUGACUACCCAAUGGCCCGUUUUCUACGGGAUUCCAAGCUCUACGAGAUCGGAGCAGGGACCAGCGAGGUCAGACGCCUCAUCAUCGGCCGUGCCUACAACGCUAUGUUCAAAUGAAUGAAGUCUCCAAGAUCCAAAACAACAUCAAGACCCACAUGAUGUGGCUUUGUAUACAAAUCUGUCUUCAAAUGGAAAACUAUGCCAUUUCAUCGGACAUUUAUAAUGUGAAUUCUGACAAUGUGUAAUGCCACACGAGAACAUGUAAACAUAACUCUUGUAUGAAAGUGUUUUGUGUCAAGGAGAAAAUGCAUCAUAAAAAACCACUCCACGGAUAACGUCAACUCCAGAUUUGUUACGCUAUCAAUACGCAACAUCAAAAUUACAAUAUUUCGACCAAUAUGAAUGUAAUUUAGCAGUUCGUCCAGGCUGUACUACAACUUGAUUGGGUUUGGAAAGCUCCAUAGUGUUGAUUUCGGACUUAUUGACUAGUCAGUUGUUUGGUGUCAAAAUAUAUUGUUAAAUGCAUAAUAAUGGUUUUGAAUUAAAUACACUUGUCCUGUCACA